GAGUCAUACAAACCACAGGAACCAUAGAAAUUGGAAAAGAAACAAUGGACAAGCAAUGGCCACGCUAAACGCCAGGAAGCUAUGGCCAACAAUUGCCAUUGCUCCUUCUCCUUCUCUUAUCGUCCUUCUCAAAGUUUCACCCUCUCUUUCUUUCCAUUUUCAACCAGAUCACAAUCAGAACUCUUACCAUCUGGGCAGAGUAUUAUCAGAAUCCGCAAUGGGCAAGGAACCCGAAAUAACAGUUGAAGAAGGGUGCAGAUGCAGCAAUGGAGUACACGAGUUCGUUUCGAAAAAGCGUCUCGCUGAUGAUAUAAUCCCUCAAAUUCUUAACCUAUACGCAUCCAGUGCGACACCUCGUGACUUCGAAAUCUAUGCUCCGGAUGCUUCGUUUGAGGACCCACUUAUGUGUGCACGCGGGGUGAAGCAGAUCAAAUCAGCAUUUUAUUCACUUUCCAAGGUCUUCGGUGAAUCAAGAAUUGUGGAAUACAGUGUUGAAGAAAAGUUGACUUCACCAGGAAAGGGAGAGAUACUAAUUGAUAACAAACAGUACUACAAAUUCUGGGGAAGAAACAUAGACGUGAUAUCCCUCAUCAAGUUGUAUGUUGCUGAUGGAAAAGUAGUUCGCCACGAGGAUUGGUGGGACAAGAAGCCCCUUUUGAACAGGGAAACAGCUAAGCUGCCACUUAUUGGCCGAUUUAUCGAAAUCGCUCGAAGAGGUUCGAUGCUGGCUACUCAUGCAAUGAUGGGGUUUGGGGAGGAUCCAACCAAGUGAGGUCACUUCUAAAAGAAUGUUUGUGCCAACUUUUUCAUCUUUUAAGGUGCACGGAUUUAUUUAUUGUUGAGGAAUUCAGCAGCCUCUGUUUUCUGCUAUGGUUGUGCUAGGAGUUUGGGAAGUAAACCAGAUUUCAUGCAUUCUUGAGCUUAUAUAUGUAAUAAAUGUAUAUGUAGCAUAUCCACUGAUUGUAUGUGACACCUUUUUUUUUUCUUUUCUCCUUUUAGAUUCAUAGGUCAUUCCAACACUUGAUGAGUAUAACUUUGUAGCUCUAUUAUAAUUCUACAACUUUAUGUUAAAAGUGUGGUGAUCCUUUGUGGAAACAA